AUACCACACCAAUUAAACGAAUUACAAUCUUUUUAGUAUCAAUUAUUUUGGGAAUAACUUUUCAUGGUUGGAAAAUUUGGUUGCCUCGAGUUAUGAGUUCCCUUUGUAGAUGUCCACGAUUAAUCUCAAAACUCCAUGCAAUUCUUCAUUCAGCAAAUGUGGUUUCCUAUAAUUGGGAUCAUGAAGUUCGAAAACAAAAAGAAAGAAUGAAAAAUGCUGAUCCAAUUGGUAGACUUGAAGUUGGUAGUGAAAUUUAUAAUCUGGCUGCUAUAGAUAAUAUAGAUUUACAAGAAAAAACUUAUGGAUAUGGCAAUCAUUAUGAUGUUGCUAAACAUAGUGCACAUGCUAUGCUUCACAUGCUAUUCCAGGUUAAGAUUCCUUCAAGUUUGCAGUUUAAUCCUUCAGUUUUCUUUUCUGAGCCAUCUGAUCAAAUUUUUGAUCAAUUAAUUUCAAAAAAAAUAUAUGAAUUUGGUGUUAAAGAUAUUCACCUUAAAAUUAGUGAAACUGUUGAACUGGGAUGCAAAUUUGCUAAGCCAAAUGUGGUUAUUUUGAAUGCUG